AAGUGUUAUUGGGGGGUGGGGAGGGGGAGAGUAGUUUAUCGAGAUGUUGAGUGUGUGGGGAUGUGUGGGGGGUGCAGGAUGUGUAGUGGGCAUAGUGUGCAAAGAAGUCAAGUGCGAUUUCCAAGAUUAGUCCCUCCUCCUCUUUAACGUCAAACAUGCCUGCAAACUCAGCUCCCAAGGCUAAGGCUCAAGCCGCCAAGAAGGCCGCCCUCAAGGGUGUUCACGGUAAGGCCGUUCGCAAGAUUCGUACCUCCACUCAUUUCCAUAUCCCCAAGACUUUGGUUUUGAACCGUGCCCCCAAGUACGCUCGUAAGUCUAUUGCCCAUGCUCCCCGUAUGGAUCAAUACCGUGUUAUCCGUCAACCUCUUAACACCGAGACUGCCAUGAAGAAGAUUGAGGAACACAACACCUUGACUUUCCUCGUUGAUGUCAAGGCCAACAAGAACCAAAUCAAGGAUGCUGUCAAGAGACUUUAUGAUGUUGAGGCUGCUCAAGUCAAUACUCUCAUCAGACCCGAUGGUUACAAGAAGGCCUUCGUCCGCUUAACUGCUGACGUUGAUGCCCUUGAUGUUGCCAACAAGAUUGGUUUCAUUUAAAUUGCUCGUUUUUUAAAUAAAAUAAAUCACUGGGAAACAAUAAAAAAAGAUCACCUCUUAUUUAUUUUUUAUAAACGUGUUUAUACGGGUUUGCAUACAUGUAUGUAGUGUUAAGUGGUGCAUACCCUACGGCUGUGUUGCAUAGUGUAUCGACCCGAGAAAUGUACCUGAAAAGAGAGAAAAAAGC